GCGACGGGAUUGGUUGAAGUCUGUGGGUAAAGAGGAUUUUUUUUUCGCGGGGGGCGCGUUUAAAAACCUCUCCCAGUUUUCCGCGCAUUUAGACACAAAUCCAUUUUCGUGUCUCAAUGUUCAAGACGGGCAGUUACCCAGUGGCUGACUCCGCGCCCACCAUCAUGCAUGGGAGUUGGUUGACCACAGCAUACAGGGAGAAUACGCCCGUGGCUGUGGAGAAACCUAAGAAGAAGGCGUUUAACCUGGUCAAAAUGAUGUCUCUCAACCACAAGAAGGAACAAACCCACCCGCAUCACCACAACAACAACAUGCCUUUCAUGAUCCACUGUCACAUCGGCAAAGAAAUCAAGCACAUUUGCAGCAAUUGCAGCCGCGGGAACGAUGCACAAGACGCGGAGGAGGUGGAGAGACUGGCCGCCAUGCGCUCAGAGUCCCUGGUCCCCGGAACACACACCCCGCCCAUCCGGACCCGGAGCAAGUUUGCCACCCUUGGCCGCCUGCUGAAACCCUGGAAAUGGAGGAAGAAGAAGAGUGAAAAGUUCAAGCAGACGUCUGCAGCUUUGGAGCGGAAGAUGUCGGUGAGACAGAGCCGAGAUGAACUGAUCAAGAGAGGAGUGCUGAAAGAGAUAUUUGAAAAAGCCACCGUGGAGUUCAGGUCCUCCAUGGACGGCGGAAUCUCCUCUCAGGAGCCCUCCAUGAAGUCGUCCAUGGUCCUGCCUACCAAAAAAUCGGUCACCUACCCUGGGGACAUUCAGGACAUCCCCGCCAAGCCACUGCUGUACCACAAGCAGCGUCCUGCCCUCCCCCCGAAGCCCUUCUCCAGGAUGUCGAACCACGGCUCAGACUCCUGCCAGCCCAUGAAGCUACCCUGCAUGCCAGGGGGGAAGCUCUCCCCGCCUCUACCUCCCAAGAAAGUGAUGAUCUGCGUGCCUCCUGGGGGGCUGGACUGCUCCUCCUCCUCCAACCCUCAGCUUCCCCAGAAGUGCCCCCCUCCUCAGGGCCUGCCGCCACACCACAUCGCCCUGCUGCCCUCGCAGCUGUCUGCCCUCUCAGGUCUUCACCACCACGGGCACAGCCACCAGGGGGGCCACCAGGGGGGCCACCAGGGGGGCCACCAUGGCCACCCGCUCCAGCUGCAGUACGGCAGCAUGCACGGCCCCAGCCGCAUCAUCGAGGAGCUCAACAAGACGCUGGCGCUCUCCAUGCAGAGGUUUGAGAGCUCAGUGUUGCAUGCUGGUCAGUGUAGUCUGCUGGACAGCAGACAGGCCCCCUCUGUGAUCAUCGACUGCGACGACGACAAGGAGAACAUGCCAAACGAGUCCGACUACGAGGACCUGCCCAGCAUGUACAAGGAUGACGAGGACGAGGAGGAGGACGAGGAGGAGGACGAGGAGGACGACGACUCUCUGUUUACAAGUACCCUAGCUCUGAAGGUGUUGAGGAAGGACUCUUUGGCCAUCAAGCUGAGCAACCGUCCGUCCAAGAGGGAGCUGGAGGAGAAGAACAUCCUGCCCAUGCAGACAGACGAGGAGAAACUCCAGUCCAGGCAGCAAAUUGGCACCAAACUCACAAGGCGGUUGAGUCAGAGGCCCACAGCCGAGGAGCUGGAGCAGAGGAACAUCCUGAAACCCCGGGACGAGCAGGAGGAGCUGGAGGAGAAGAGGGAGAUCAAGCGAAGGCUGACGCGGAAGCUGAGCCAGAGGCCCACGGUGGAGGAGCUGAGGCAGGCAAAGAUCCUGAUCCGCUUCAGCGACUACGUGGACGUGUCCGACGCCCAGGACUACGACCGGCGAGCCGACAAACCCUGGACCCGGCUCACCGCCGCCGACAAGGCGACCAUACGGAAGGAACUGAACGACUUCAAGAGCAACGAGAUGGAAGUACACGAAUCCAGUCGCCAUUUGACCAGGUUUCACAGGCCGUAGACCACCACUGUCGAGGGAGUCACCAGCCUGGAGUGCUCCUUCUCCCAGAACCACAAGUGCUGGACAGUUCACCGUGCCCCUUUCUACCACAAGGCCAUGUACUUACUCGAA